AUGACAAGUGAGGACAAGACAGCACUAUGUGCUGAAAAUAUAUUGAACGAUAUAUAUAUCCUGACCAUAAACAGAAAUAUUGAUAUUGAUAUUAUUCAAGAAGGAUUACUUCGAAAAGUUAUGGAUGAAGAAGAAUCGAAUAGCAUAUUGUUUUUAGAAGAUAGCAGUUUUUCAAAAAAUGAUAUAAGUAUACUUAAUGUACAUUUAAAAAUUGAAGAUGGAAAGAAUAAAUAUAAUAAUUAUUAUGAAUUUAAAUAUGCAGAUAUUAAUGUUACAAUUGAUUUCUAUCAAAAGGAAUGUAAAUAUAGUAUUGAAAAAUCUAAUAUGCAUAAAUGCCAUUAUUUUAAAAUGAUGAAUAAAAUAAAUUAUAUUACUGAACAAAAAAUGGAUUUUAAAGAUAGUAUUUUAUAUUUGUAUAACACAAUAAAUGAUAAAAACUUUUUUAAAUGUCCAUGUUGGUUAAAUGAUAAUAAAAACAUAAAACUAAACAAUAUAAUAAAUGAUCACCAACAAAAAAAAAAAAAAAAAAAUCUAUAUGAUAAAAGUGUUCAAGUUACGAAUGAUGUAACAAAUAUAAUGGUGAAUGAAAUUCAAGAACAAAAAAUGAAGAAACCAAUUUUUUUUGAUAACAAAAAUGAUUUAAAUAAUAGUGAUGAUGAAUUUAAUAGUGCACAUUCGUCACUUAUAAAAAUUAAUAAAUUACUUAAUGUAGAGGAAAAUGAUAUAUUUCACAACCUCAAAGGACAUGUAUAUGAAGAAUACUUUGAUAAGCAUGAAGACAACAAAAAUCAAAAGGAUAACAUCGAAAGUAAUAUUAUUGUAAAAGAUAAAAAAGAUAGAGCGAAUAAUAUAAUAAGUGAACAAAUGAAGGAAGACUAUAUAAAAAACGUAGAAGAAGUAUUAAGUAAACAUAUUAACAAUAAUAAGAAUAAUAAUGUUGAAGAUAGUGUGUCAUUAUAUUCAUUAGAUGAAGAAAUAAGUGAACAAAUUGAUAAACAACAUUUCUUUAGUAUAGACAAACGACAAGAUGAAAUAUCAAAUUUUAUUCAAAUGGAAGAAAAUAUAAAUGAUCAUAUGAAUGAUAAUAUAAAUAAGAUGGGGAAAAAAAAACAUGGUAAAGAAAAUAGAGUAGUAGAAGAUGAAAAAUAUAUACAAGAUGAUAAAAAGAAAAAACGGUUCUAUAGAAAUGUAAAUGAUAAUAUUCCUUUAACUGUUCAGUUAGCAAAUAAAGGUAAUGAAAUAUGUAAAGAAAUUAUCGAAAUGAAUUCAAGAUAUUAUCGAGAUUUUUUUGAAGAGAAAAUAUUAGGAUGUGGUGGUUUUGGUUAUGUAAUGAAAGUAAAAAAUAAGAAAUUUAAUAUAACUUAUGCAUUAAAAAUUAUAAGAUUAAGCAAUAGCAAAUAUAAUACACAAACUAAUAACAAACAUAUAAAUGAAAAAGAUAAUAAUAGCUAUAUUAUGGAAGAAGCCAUAAUGAUUGCCAAGUUGCAACAUGAAAAUAUUGUAAGAUAUUAUGAUGCUUGGGUGGAAGAAAAUGUAGAUUUUUUCUUAUAUAAAGAAUUACAAAAUGAAUUUAAAAAUAUUAAAAUAAAAAUUAAAAAUGAAAAAAUGAAAAAUGAAAAAAUGAAAAAUGAAAAAAUAAUAAGUGGAAAAAUAAAAAAUGAAAAUAUAAAGAGUGAAAAUAUAAAAAGUGAAAAUAUAAAAAGUGAAAAUAUAAAAAGUGAAAAUAUAAAAAGUGAAAAAGUAAAAAAUUUAUAUAUAGAAGAAAUCAAAUAUUUUUGGAAUCAUUAUAAAAAGAAUAAAGAUCCAAAUGUAAAUGAUAAAUAUUUAUAUAUACUGAUGGAAUAUUGUCCAGGUAAAACUCUACGAGAAGCUAUUGAUUGUGGAUUUAUAUGUAGAAAUGAAAAAUUAAUAUGGGAAUUAAUAAAACAAAUAUUAAAAGGUAUAUCAUAUAUACAUGAUAUGAAAAUUAUGCAUAGAGAUAUUAAACCUUCAAAUAUCUUUUUACAAAUAACUGAUAAUAUUUUAAUUGCCAAAAUAGGAGAUUUUGGUUUGACCACAAGAAUUGGUGAUACACAAAUUAAUCCAUCAGCUGGAACAAUUCAUUAUAUUUCACCUGAACAAUUAAAUGGAGAACCAUUUAAUGAAAAGGCAGAUAUAUUUUCCUUAGGUGUUGUUUUUUUUGAAAUGUUUCAUGAACCAUUUUCGACUUCUAUGGAAAGAUCUAUUACUUUAUCAAAUUUGUUAAAAGGUAUUUAUCCAGAAUAUAUGAAAGCUGAUAAUAAAAAGUUUCAAUUUCUAUCAAGUUUGUUAGCUAUUAACCCACAAGAAAGAUGUUGUGCUUAUAAUUUAUUACACGAAAGUGUACUUUUUACGUUUGAAAAAGAUUUUACAGAUAUUUAUAAUUUAAUAGAUAAUAAAAGAAAUUGUGAAGAAGUUCAUACCAUAAUUAGUACACUAUUUGAUAAAUUCGAAUAUUUGAAUUCCGAUAAAAUUUUAAAAAAAGAAGAUUUUUCAACUUUUCAAAAUGCUAAAAUUUUUACAGAUGAUUUAGAAAUGAGGAAAAAACAAAAAAUUAUAAAAAAGAAAAUUUUAAUAUCUUUAAAAAAAAGAGGUGCUAUAUUUAUACUUACUCCUAUUAUUUUGUUAAAUAAAUAUUAUAUUAAUUUAGAAAAUACAUAUAUGGAAGAAUAUAAUAUAUAUUACAAUAUAAAUAAAAAAAAAGAAAAUAAAAUUAAUAAUAUUUAUAUCAAUACUAAUAAAAAUAAAAAUAUAGAUAAUUUAAUAUAUAUGUUAGAUAUAUAUGGAAAUUCAAUAACUUUGAGAAAUUCUUUCUUUUUAUCAUUUGCAGAAUAUAUAUAUGAGAGUAUCGAUUCUUAUAAUAAAUAUAAUGAGGAUAAUUUGUUUUAUAAAUUUUACACAUAUGGGUAUACAUAUAAAAAUCAAAUAAUAAAAAGUAAUAAACACAUAAAAAAGGACACCAUUAAUAAUAAUAUUAAUACAACGAUAAAUAUUACAACAACAACAUGUAAUACUACUACUGGUACGUCAACAAAUAAUAAUAAUAAUAAUAAUAAUAAUAAUAUGGGUAAUAAUAAUAUUGGUAAUAAUAUGGGUAAUAAUGUGAGUAAUAUUAUAAGUAAUAAUAAUAUUAAUAAUCAUAUGAUUAGUAAUAAUCCUUUUUAUUUUUAUAAUAUUUAUCCAGAUGAAAAUGAGAAAAUGUUCUAUUGUAUUUUAUCUAGUUCAAAAAACGUUUUUGGUAAUGAAGAAUUAAACUAUCUAUCCAUAUUUUCAAAUGCAGAUAUUAUGGUAUCUAUAUAUACAUUAUAUAAUCAUAUAAAUUAUUUCAAUAAAUUGUUAUUUGUUUGGUCAUAUAUUGAUUUGUUAGAAAUAAUAUUAAAAGAAUGCUUAGAUAUACCAAAUGAUAUAUCAUACCAUUUAAGUAUCGAUUUAAAAAAAAAUUCCACGUUAUUAGUCAAUAAAUCUUUUGUAAUGUCCUUAUUACAAAAAUAUAAAAUAAAGGAUAUGAGUAAAAUAUCUGAUCAUAUAUUAAGUUUAUUUUAUAUAAAAUGUGAAAGCAAUAAAGUAGAUGAUUAUUUAAACAAUAUAUAUAAUUUCGUUGAUGAUUUGUUAAAUAAAAAAUCUUCUCUUCAACUUAAGAGAAAUACUUCCAUAACUCCUAAGGAAGUACCAUACGUAAGAAGUAGAAGUAAUAAUAUUUCAACAAGCGCAUCAAAAAUAAUAAAAUAUGAUAUUCAAAAAAAUGUAGGUACAAAAGAAAAAGGAAAUCAAAAUGAUAAUGAAAAAAAGAAAAUGCAGAUAUAUUCUAUUUUAGACAGAAUAAAAAAAAUUAAUAAUUUUAUAUGUACCAAUACAGUUAUAAACAAUACAUGUUUUGAUUUAUUUUUAAAUUAUGAAGAAAGUAUAUUUUGUAAUGAAGUCAUUUUUUAUGUUAUAUGUGAAAGUAAAAAUAAGGAAAUAAUAGCAUAUGGAGGGAGGUUUGAUGAAAUUAUACGAAAUAUGGCAAAUGAAGUAAAAUACAAAAAUCAUGCUAAUUAUAAAUAUGUUUAUAACAAUAUUAAAGAUAUAUAUAAUAAUAAUAAUAAUAAUAAUAAUAAUGAUAAUAAUAUAAUGAACAUUAAAGCAUAUGGUGUUGAAAUUUAUUUAGAUAAAAUUUAUUCAAAAGUAAUCGAAUCUAAUGAAAAAAUAUCUAUUCAUUUACAAUAUAACCCUUCUACGGAUAAAUCACAACUUUUCAAAAACUUUGUUACAUCUUGUCAACAAAAUGAUUUUGCAUGUACAAGUCAUAUUAUUCAGCAACCAUUAUUAAAUGAUGAUUAUUUAAAUUAUUCGUCAACAAAAAUUUUAAUACAAGUAUAUGAAAUUUCAAAUCUAUUAAUAGCAUAUGAUUUAUCAAAAAAGUUAUUAACCAAAAAUAUAUCUUCUUAUACACACUUGUCAAUUAAUAAUGUUAAUAUUAAAAAAAAAAUCAAAAAUUUUAAACCUCACAAAAUUCAAUUUUUUAUUACCAUAAAAUCCAAUAAUACAGAUAAUUCGUUUGACGCACUCAAACCAAUCAACUUUGAUAAUGUAGUCUACAAAAUUGUUAAUUAUGAUGACCAGGAUUGUAAUUUUAUGGACCAAGCGGAGUUAAUAAACUACCUAAUUAAAUAUUUUUAA